CGAAGCUGCUACAGCGGACCGGUAUAAAACUAUUAGCUGCACACCACCGCGGCACUAGUUACAGUUUGGUGCUCAAGCUACAAGCAACAAAAAAGCAGCAGUCCUCGAGGUUCCCGAAGACCCAAAAUCCUAACCGCAGUGAUAUAUCAAGUGUGAAUAAACUUCGAAAAAAUACAGAAGAAGUUAGUGAACCAUGGCGACCAUUGUGCUGUACCAUUUCCCCAUGUCACCACCGUCUCGAUCGGCCCUGCUGGUGGCUCGCAACCUCGGAUUGGAUGUUGAGGUUAAGAUUUUAAAUCUGAUGGCCGGCGAGCACAUGCAGGAAGAUUUCCUGAAAAUCAAUCCCCAACAUACAGUCCCUACAAUCGUUGACGAUGGUUACGUCCUGUGGGAAUCGAAGGCAAUUGCCACUUACCUGGUAGAGCAGCACAAACCGGACAGCUCGCUAUACCCAGCGGAUCCGAAGAAGCGCGGAAUCAUAAACCAGCGAUUGUACUUUGAUUCGACAGUCUUGUUUGCCCGUUCGUUUGCUGCCAUCGCUCCGGUUUUGCGCCAGGGAGCCACCACCAUUCCGCAAGAGAAGAAGGAUGCCAUCAAGAGUGCCCUCGGAACGCUGAACGGUUACCUUGACGGACAGGAAUGGGUUGCCGGAGAGAAUACAACCGUUGCCGAUCUGUGCCUGCUGGCGACGGUUUCCUCUCUUGAGAAACUUGGCGUAGACAUGAGCGAUCUACCGAACAUCACUGCCUGGUUGGAUCGUUGCAAAUCCCUGCCGGGAUUCGAGGAGAACGAACAAGGUGCCAACAUGUUUGGAGGCGGUAUCAGCUCUAAAUUGGAGGAGCCUUUUUAAAUCAUGUUUAUCAAGAAGAACAAUAGAUAAUUUCAUCGAUCACAAACAGCCUUAUUUAUUUAGAGUGUAUUUGUUGUUUGAGAAUCAUGUCGAACAGAUAAAAAACAAAAUCAAAGAGCUUAAUG